UACGGGUGCUGGUGGCGGCCAAACUGCACGUUUAUAGACUGAUGAAUAUUUAGGCAAUUGAAUGUCCAUUAAUUCUAAGAUAUCCGAUACAUUCUGUCAUUUCACAUCCUAUUGUACGUGUAUUUGGGCUUCUUAAACUUUUGUGAUCAUAGUCAAGGCCGCUCUGAACAGGAAUCCACAGAGUUCGUACAAACUUCCAAAUGAAAAGUACAGUAGAAUGUCUUCACCUUUCAUUCUGCAGUAGUCAGUGAAGCAUAUUAUCAGUAUAAAUCCACUGGGAUUUUAAGUCCAUUGGUGUUUUCAAGAAGCCUGAAUACACACGGCAGGAUGCAAAAAUAAUAGAAGUUGUUUGAAAUGUUAAUUACAAUUAAUUGGCAAUUGCCAAAAUAGCCAUUCUUUAAACGUCCAUUUCGACCGCUCACAGCACCCGUACCGUAAUUGCGCAAAAAGAAAAGCAACAGAAUUCGAACGACUGCUCACAUGACCGGGUUUUUGCAAUCGACGGUUCCCUUGACCGCAGUUGUUGAAGACCAGCUGUGUUUCCAGAUCUCUUCUGGCACAAACUAGACUACGAUAGAUAACACUAAGUUAACGCUGCGAGGCUACGGUGCCAACACACCAAAACUUUUAUCUAAAACGGCUGCUUUUUAUUGCCACUUCUUAAUUAUAUUCGGCUUUAGCAGCAGCUUCCACAUAUCUGCGUUGGUGAAGCCGCUCAGUCAGGGCUGCCACUUGAGGACAGCGGGGGCUUUCUCAUGAUCCCCCGUUCAUCUGAUGAACCCCCUCAACUCCAUGAAACCCUGCCUGCCUCCCACUCCACAAAGCAGUGACAGCCCCUUCCUUGAUGACCCAGUCUCCUGGCAACCAGGCACCAAUCAGCACGCAGGAUCUCUCUCCGUAGUAACCACAGUGUGGGGCGUGACCAGUCCCACACACAGCCAGGUGUUCGGUUCACCCAUGGGGCCAGGUGAGAGCUCUGGCAGUCACAUGAUGCCCAGUGGCAGCCCUGGGAUGGGCGCAGGCACCAUGGGCUCUCAGUUCAUGGGCCAGCAGUCGUACGGAGAUGCUGUGUCCAAAGCCUACGGCCAGCCGGUCAUGUACGGGCGUCCCGGCGCGGCCUACAACCAAGUCUCAGCCUACAGUGGAAGUUACUCUGGUAACAGUGGAGGCGCCGGCCUGGGCGUUCGUCCUCCCUCAGACUUUACUCAGGCCGCUGCCGCAGCUGUUGCCGCCGCCGCCGCCACAGCAACCGCCACUGCUACGGCAACUGUCGCAGCAAUCCAGGAAAAACAGAACCAGGAGCUGAACUAUGGACAGAUGGGUGGAACAUCCUCUUACGGCACCCAGUUCCUGUCUCACUCGAGCCCCCGCGGACCUCCAGGGAUGAACCCCGGUGGGAUGGUCCCUUCCAGGCCUGGACCUCCACCUUCCACCGGAGGCUUGUACCCCCCUCACCCCGCCCAGACGCAGAAGAUGCCCCAGCACGGGGGCUAUCCAGGGGCACAGCAAGGCCUCAAGCGGCCUUUCCACUCAGAGGGUUUUCCAGUGCAGCAGUACGGCUCUGGUGGGAUGUCAGGGUACCCUAACCAGCCUCUGCAGUACCCUGCUGGUCCACAGCAGAGAUGUGCCCUCUCACCCUCCUACCCCUCCAGUCGGUUGCCUCUCAUGGGACAGUACACCUCUGGAUCACACAGCCCAGCACAGUUCCCCCCUGGAGCGGGCCAACCCAACCCUCCACAGUAUUAUAAGUCAGAGCCGUUCAGUGGUCAGGGCAGCCUGCCAUCAGGAGGAGCAGGAGGAUACAACGCGUUCACACAGGCUGCAGUGAACGGGCCAGGUCGGGGCGGGGCGAUGCCCGGGUAUCCCAGCUCACCGAUGGGAGGGAAUCCCACCCCUCCGAUGACACCUGGCACCUCUAUGCCUCCGUACCUGUCUCCAAGCCAGGACACAAAACCCCCCUACCUUUCACCGGACACCAAGCCCAACAUCAGCUCCCAGCAGCUCUCGACAGGUAACCCCAGUGACGACUUGCGUCUGACUUUCCCGGUCCGAGAUGGCGUCGUGCUAGAGCCGUUCAGACUGGAGCACAACCUGGCCGUCAGUAACCACGCCUUCCAGCUGAGGGACUCGGUUUACAAAACGCUCAUGAUGAGGCCUGACCUGGAGCUGCAGCUCAAGUGUUACCACCACGAGGACAGGCAGAUGAACACCAACUGGCCCGCCUCUGUACAAGUGAGUGUGAAUGCAACUCCUUUGUCCAUUGAACGAGGUGACAACAAAACCUCCCACAAGCCUUUGUACCUAAAGCAAGUGUGCCAGCCGGGACGUAACACCGUCCAGAUCACCGUAACCGCCUGCUGUUGUUCCCACCUGUUUGUGCUUCAGCUGGUCCACCGGCCGUCUGUCAGGUCUGUCCUGCAGGGGCUGAUGAAGAAGAGGCUGCUGCCAGCCGAGCACUGCAUCACUAAGAUAAAGAGAAACUUCAGCAGCGGUACUAUCCCCGGGACCCCCGGGCUGAACGGAGAGGACGGUGUCGAGCAGACAGCGAUCAAAGUUUCUCUCAAAUGCCCGAUCACAUUCAGACGGAUCCAGCUGCCAGCCCGAGGUCACGACUGCAGACACAUACAGUGCUUCGACCUGGAGUCUUACCUGCAGCUGAAUUGUGAACGAGGGACCUGGAGAUGUCCUGUAUGCAAUAAAACAGCUUUGCUUGAGGGGCUGGAGGUUGACCAGUACAUGCUCGGUAUUCUUGUUUACAUCCAGAAUUCUGACUAUGAGGAGAUCACCAUUGACCCGUUGUGUGGUUGGAGGCCGGUGCCUGUUAAGCCAGAUCUGCACGUAAAGGAGGAGCCCGAUGGUCCGGUCCUGAAGCGCUGCCGCACAGUCAGCCCCAGUCACAUGGUCUUGCCCAACGUGAUGGAAAUGAUCGCUGCUCUGGGCCCGGCGUCGUCUCCCUACCAGAGUCUGACAGCAGGAGGGAGGAGCACCCCUGACUACAGCAGGCCAGGGAGCCAGGGAUUCUCCAGCCAAACGGGAUUUACAGACUUCCCCAACACUCCUGGCACCCCGACACUCGGAGAGUACGCCUCUUCUGGACCACCGCCUCCUCCACUCUCCUACCAGUCUGACCAGAUGCCUCAUUCUGGACGAAUCGAACAUGCCCAGAACAUCCUGCAGCAGCACAGUUCAGGUGGCCACGGCAGCCAGAGUCUCGGUGAGGCCGGCAGCCCUCUGCCACAGCGGAACACCAGUACCCAGAAUUCCCGGCUGCAGAGCGAAGGCUCGUUUGGUCUGGGAGGCCCGGGAGCACCUGGAGGAGAGGGAGCGGAUCAUGCACUAGAUCUUCUCCCUGAGCUGACCAACCCCGACGAGCUGCUGUCCUACCUGGGUCCUCCUGACCUUCCCAACAACAGCAGUGAUGACCUGCUGUCUCUGUUUGAGAACAACUGAUGAUGAGAGUGCUGAGGAAGACGAGGGACCUGUCCUCACAUGUGAACACUGUGUGUGUGAAGAAGAGUACAUAGGCAGUGACUCUGCAGACCAGCAUCUAACACUAUAGCACAAAUCACAGGCUGAAGGAUCCAUAUGUAUAGAUUUUACCAGUUACCUGGAGAACAAUGAAAGCUGGCAGGUGGCGAUGAGGAGUUAGUGGACACAUUAAUACAGCGGUUCCCAAAUUCGGGCAGUUCGGGGUUUUUACAAACGCCCAUGUAAACAGGCACUUCUGUUCCUGCGACUGUUGCAUGUUGCCUGCAUAUUUCAUGUGUUGCAGUGUUUACUUGUUUACUGAUUUUAAAAAAAGCAUCAAAUAACACUGAAUUCACUUUCUUACUAAGAGUUGGGUAAGAACACUUUGGCGACUCGCCGACCAGAUGCCAGUGGUAUGUUAGCCUAGCUCAGCAUAAGGACGGGAGCAGCUAGCCUGGCUCUGAACCUGAAGUAGUAGUUCACAUCUGCCUUGAACUUUCUUAGUCUCACGGCUUCCUGCAGGGUAUUACAGCAGAUGUCUCCACAUUCCUGCCAACAUGAGGAAACAUAUGAAUGAAUUAACUGAAUUUUAUUGUGCCUGUCCAGUUCCCAACCAAACAGUCAUGGGAUUGUCAGACACCUUUAGAAAACAUUAGUAGGUGAGCGUCAAGCUGCUGUGGCUGCUGAUCGGUCCAGGUGAGCUGAAACCAAACUCUUAACAGGUACUGUUACCCUAUUAAAUAUUAAAAUCUCAUUCAGCUUCAGGGAGAAACUGCAAAGGAUACAGUAAAGCAGGUACUGGUGCUGUCAUCCUGUAACUAAACCACCACAAAAUUCAGCCCUGCAGGUGACAGCGAUUUAACACAGUGUACAUUUGCUUCACUGUCAUUAAUCAGAGGAAAUAACUGUGCCUGCUUCAAGUUUACUUAACAGUCUGCUCACAAACGUUCCCACUUCCAGUCUGGGAACCAGCACAUUAAAGGAUAAAACUGGUGUUAUUCCAUAUGUCUAAUCGUCAACAGAUCUCAUGUAAAGACCAAAAACCAACAAUGGCUGUUUUUCCAGAGCUUGACUACUUCCCUACUCUGUAGCUCCAAGUCUGCUGGCUCCUACUGAAAGGUUCAUCUUUAAAACACCUCCCAAAUAUAUAGUUGUAUUUUUAAAAAAGCCUCAGCAGUUUCAUAAACCAGAUGCUCACUAGUUUGUAAUCAAAUCAACAGGAAACACAGUGCAUUUGGUGGGGACUAUUUUCAGUAGCGGAUGAAUUCACUUUUGUAUUUGUGGCAGCAGGACAGUGCAUACGGGACUGUGUGUGCGUGUGCGUGUGUGUGCGCGUGUGCAUGGUGAUGAUUAAGGACAACAGUGGAGCUGUGGCUGUGAUACAGCCACGGGGCUCGAUGGUGUCCUAGAAUUAAAAGCAACCCGACCAGACCUUUCAUAUAAUACACAGUGAUGAUGUAAGAUAAGAGGUCAAAUGUUUUUCUGUGUACUGAUGACAGAGUAAAAGAGAAUAUUCCAGUCUGACCUCACACUGUAAACGAGGACAAACUAUGGCUUGACCCAAAAGGCCAGGGCCACCUGUACAAUAGACGUUUUGAACAUGAAGUUGGGAGAACGCUGAGGUCCAUCGUGUCGCCGACAUCCUUCAACACUGUGAAAUAUCUGAAAACUCACCUUUCCUUCUGUUGGUCUUACCUUUGUUGGGACUUGUCCAGCAUCCUGUAAACGAUGUCUUGUGGCAUUUUCUGCCAUUCGAAAGCUGUAUGUUUUUCAGUGGUUUCACAUGUACAACCCAUCGUGACGCGGGUUUACAAACUAUAAUCAGCUGUUUUCAUUAGAGAACGUGUGUGUAUCAAAUGACUUGUUAAUCAUGGUAAUUUUAAUGUUAUUAGUUGUAUAAUGGGUCAUUGUUGGCACUGUAUACAUAGUGUAUGUUAAAAAAAUUAUAAAGCAACUGUAAAAGCUCAUACGUACACAUGAUGCAUGUGUGACAGGAAACGGCUGAUGUUGAGUAGUGCAGUUAAAAAUGUGGAGGCUGAAAUUAUUCUGAAUACAACUUUUUAAAUCUGACAUUUUUCUAUGAAUGAUUCUCCGACUGAAUCCUUUAUGGUCCAAAGUCGCCUCGAAAAGGCAGACAAACAAUUGCUUUGUCAAUUUGAGCAACACAAUGUUACAUUUUGAGAAAAUUGACUUAUUUAAUUGCAAAUUUGCUAGAAACAUUUUUAUAAAUAUGUAAAGUAUUCCACACAUUUUGUAACUCAUUGUAAUUGCCAUUAUUUUCUAUUUAUUUUUUAACCAUUAUCAUCAUUGUAUAAUAACUACACUUAUUUUGUCCAUUUCCUGAAAGAAUCAAAAUU